AUGGCGGACGAUGACCCCGCCAUGUUCAUCCUUUUCGUCCGGGAGUUUUGCCCGGACAUAAUGACGCAAUUUAGGGCCCAUAAAGCCAAACUAGCAUCAAAGUCCCUCGCACCGUUCGCCGCCGCCGCGACUAUUCCUGACUCGCCGAUGUCGCCCCCCACCCCCGCGCCCGCGUCGAUCGCGUCAUGCGCGGCAUCGAGCUCCGGCUCCGACUCCGAGUCGGAGAUGGAGUUCGAGUCGGCCGCCAGCCCGGAACCCGGACCCUCGGAUGGGUUCAAAACCGUCACGCGCGGCAAAAAACGCGCCCGUGCCGUGGAACCGUCCACGGCACCAAAACAGCCCAAGGCCGCGAACACGUCGCGUCCUAAAGUCGUGGUCUCACCCGACUCCCCUCGCCGCGCAACUCCGUCGCCGAAACCCGCGCCCGUCAAUAAAAUCGUCGCGCCCCCGCCCGUAAUCCUACGUGAAAAAUCCGCGUGGAACCGGGGGUCACCGUCGAGGCCCCACACAAAAAAGGCACUCCCGGACAGUGCCAUAGGUGCCAACUUUAUGGCCACUCUGCGCGCAACUGCCACGCGCGUCCGCGGUGCGUAA